AUUUGGGACUCGAAUCGAACGCGAGGGAACCCGGAGAGUCGUCGCGCAACAUCUCCUGAUUCGGCCGCGAACGGCAGUGAAGAGAUCCGCGGCAAGCCUCAUCGUCGUCGUCUCCUCGAUGAAGCUUGCUCUUCUUCUUUUCGUUGUUUUAGUCUCAAACUUCCUUCCUUCUUCCCUUGCCGCUCCUUCCAGCUCUGGCGAUGGGUACGCGAUCACGGGUCGCGUGAAGGUAGAAGGUAUGACAUCCAAGGGUUUUGGUGCUUCUUCAAAACUUUUAAAUGCCAAAAUCAUACUCAACGGUGGUCAGAAUGUCACAUUUGUUAGAGCGGAUGGUUAUUUCACAUUUCACAAUGUGCCUGCUGGGACUCAUUUGAUUGAAGUGGCUGCAUUAGGUUAUUUCUUUUCACCGGUUCGUGUUGAUAUUAGUGCCAGAUUCCCUGGUAAGAUCCAGGCAGCAUUGACCGAAAAUAGGAAGGCUUUGCAUGAGCUGAUUUUAGAGCCUUUAAGAGAAGAGCAGUAUUAUGAGAUAAGGGAACCUUUUUCGAUAAUGUCAUUUUUGAAAAGUCCUAUGGGCUUGAUGAUGGGUUUCAUGCUGUUGGUUAUUUUCGUCAUGCCUAAACUGGUGGAGAAUAUGGAUCCUGAAGAAAUAAGGCGGGCACAAGAGGAAAUGAGGACUAAUUUUUUGCCUAGGAGCAGUUAGGAUGAAGAAUAUAGCAUCUGCCAUAAGUGGAUAACAACGAUGAUGAAUCGGCAGCCAAGCGUCAUGGAAGAAUUUUUUGUGAGGCUUAGAACCAAAUGCUUUUGUCAAACUCAGAUUAUGAAUUGUCACUUGUGUAAUUCUGUUGUGUCCUCGUACACACAUGAUGAUGGUACCUUCAUUAGUUAUGUUCCUUGUGGGCUGCAAUGAUGAACUGCUGCUAAUUUGAUUCUCUC